AGCCCUCUCCCGCCCCCUCUGCUGUAUUUUUAGCUGAGCAAUGCUCUACAGAUGCUGAACAGGACGAGCAGUGAGUGGCUCAUGUACCAUAAAUGAUCAGGUCUGUGAAAUGAUGCUUUUGCGCGUUUGAUCUCUCCUCUACAGUCGCGCGUGCAGGAACCACCAGCUGGACGCUACAACAACAACAAACAACAACAAACAACAACAACAAAAUCACCACCCUUGGAGCCUGUGAGGGGGAGAUGAAGUGUGCCAUCGUGGAUUUCUGAGAAGGGAUUCGAAAAUGGACGAAAAUAAAUUGCUCUAAGCCGCACAGCACAUCGAGCAGGCCCCACGAGCGUCCCAGUGCGUCCUUACUGGUGCGUUCGGAUACCAGUUUUUUUUUCUUUGCAUCCCAGACCCUCAACAAAGCCUUCAAGACGGACGGAGUGGUGGAGCACCGAGGCAAAAACCGGGCCAACAUGCGGGAGAGGGACUUCAUGCCCAACAUGGAGCGGGGAAAGCCGGCCACGUACACGGGGGACAAGAAAGCCAAGAUGGCCGCGAAGACCAACAAAAAGUGGGUACGGCUGGCCACCGUGAUCGCCUACGUGCUCUCCGUGUCCCUGGCGGCGAUCAUCCUGGCGAUUUAUUACAGCCUAAUAUGGAAGCCGACGAGCCAAGAGACGGAACCCACUACGCAAACCCCAUCCAAGGCAAGCAUCGAGGGCAACAACACCUCCACCAGCGCGAGCACUUUGAGCGGCAAUUCCACGCAAGCGGACAACAUCACCAGCGCGAAUAGCACGCACCUGGACUUGGGGUUUAACGCGACCGGAGACCAGAGCACAGACGCAGAGAUCGCAACAAAAGCGCUCGGACAGUACAGUUACGAACACGCGGUUGGACAGUACAGUUACGAACAGAACUCAGGCGGCGUUUCGAGUCAGAGUGACGCAAAAAGGGAAAAGCGCGAGUCGGACCCGGAGAAACCCGCGCGCUCCCGGAGCGAACCGGAACAGAGAGGACAAGAUGACCCUAAUAUGGUUUAAUCUUACACUAACGGACCGGACCGCACGUUUCCACAUGAACUGUGUGCAAAAAAAAAAAAGUAGUGCAAUUCUUGCAAACAAUUUAGGAUGGAGGGAGACUGACACAGUUAUGUACUGUAUGCAUAGCGGUGCACGCGCCAAAAAAAAAACGACAACUUCAGGAUCCAUGAAAAGGUGGGAAGUAUUCUACGCUUGGUGCAUGGACGCAAACUUAAUUCUACUAUUGCGCAGCAAAGACUUGGUUAUAUAUUCAUAAAAAAAAAAACAUUUCCAUGUAAAAACAUAAACUGUCCAAAGUGUAAUCUUUUUUCAUUUUAGGCUACAUGGCAUCUGCACACAAAGUUUAAGACUGAUUGGCAUAACCAUUCACCUUGCAUAGUGCUUGCAUAGUUUCUAAUACCUUAUUGCCUGCCAGACGUAUUUAUUUGAACUGCAGCACGAAAGUAAUUAACAGCAUCCCCGUUUCUUUAGGACACUGAUCCCUGUUUGUAAAAGGAAAAGAUUUGACAUUUGGCAUUUUAUUGGAACGUAUGCAUAUAGCCUCUUAAUUAACCAGGAUCCCUAAUUCAGGGAAAACCUGUAUCAAGUUCCGCUCAGGUAUGUGCAAAAUAUUUAUGUAAAUGUAUUGUGCAUUUGGUACAUAUAUAUGAAACUGUACAUAGGUUACAUGCUCAGGCCUCGAUUGAACUUUCAGCAUAGGCUACUUUUUACAAAAAUCAUGUAUACUAUACCACUCGAAGGAAAAAUAAAGACCCUUG